AUUCCAUUCCAUUGUAUUCCAUAUUUUCUAUUCUAUUCUAUGCUAUGCUAUGCUCUGCUCUGCUCUGCUCUGCUCUGCUCUGCUCCACUCCACUCUACUCCAAAGUUCUGCAGGCUCCAAAACCUCCCCAUGAAGACCACCCACCCUCCCCCGUUCCUCAGCUCCUGAGUCCCUCGGAAUUCGAGCUCUCCAGAGCUUUAGCCCCUGAAGACACCCCCCCCACCAGACCAGCAAGCAGGCACUUCUGUCCCCCCCCCCGGUGAGGUUCUGGGCUUCUCCAAAGAGCCCUUCCGUGGGGGACACGCACUCAGGACGCCAGGAGAGGCUGAAAGCCCAUGUUGCCUUUCUCAAACCUGCUUUGUCGGGCCCGUCAGCUCCCGGCGUCGCUUCGGUUGAACCAGGAAAAAAAAAAUAGGGCAGCCCUGAACGCGCCAGCCUUAAGGCCUCUGGCCGGCCGGGCGCGGAUCCGGGGGGGGGGGGAGGCUGUGGCCGGACAUACACACACACACACACACAGAGAGAGACAGACAGACAGACAGACAGACAGACGAACGAUCUUCCCUCCGCCCAUGGAGCCCAUCGCGGCGCGCACAGCGCGGGGAGCGGCCCUCGUUUUUUGGCAGGCGCUGGUGACGGGCGACGGCUGCGCCCUCCUCGGCUGCCUGGCCGAGCCCGGGAGCGGCCUGGGGGCCAACUCCGUCUUCGACAUCAGCGACUCGGACGAGUGGCGCCAGUACCGCUCCAACGCCCGCCAGCUCAGGCUGUGGUCCCUGACCUACGAGCAGGAGCUGACCACGCCGCUCCACAUCACGGCCAGCCGCGGCUACCUGGACUGCUUGCGCCACCUGCUGCUGCGCGGGGCCGAGGUGGACCUGGCGCCCGGCGGACAGACGGCCCUGCACGCGGCUUGCGCCGCCGGCGCCGCCGACUGCGUCCGCCUGCUGCUCUCCUUCGGCGCCGACCCGGCGGCCGUCUCGGACGGCGGCUUCCAGCCGCUCCACCUCUGCCGGAGCCCCGGCUCGAGCGAGUGCGCUCGCCUCCUGCUCAGCCACGGGGCUCCGGUGAACGGCGCGUCGGAGGAGGAAGGGGACACCCCGCUGCACGUGGCGGCCCGGCUGGGCCUGCCGGAGCUGGUGGGCCUCUUCCUGCAGCACGGGGCCGACCUGGAGGCCACCAACGGCGAGGGGGAGACCCCGCUGAUCGCCGCCUGCAGCCCGGCGCACUCCGCCCGGGCCGCGGAGGCGCACUUCGACGUGUGUCGGCAGCUGGUGGAGGCCGGCGCCCGGGUGAACGCCGCCGACCGCGACCGGCAGCGGCCCCUGCACCAGGCCUCCAAGAACGCCAACGCCCGCGUCGUGGCGCUACUCCUGGCCCGCGGCGCCAACGUCAACAUCAUGAGCUACAGCGGCAACACGGCGCUCCACAACGCCCUCCAGGUGGCGGCCUACCGGCUGGAGCACCAGCCCGAGCUGACCGUGCGCCACUUGCUGAACCACGGCGCGGUGCGCGUCUGGCCCGGGGCUCUGCUCAAGGUGCUGCGCCACUGCUGCGCUUCUCCCCGCACGGUCGAGACCCUGCUCAACUGCUACGCGCGUGUGCCGGUGACGGAGGCCUGGCAGCAGGCGGUCCCCGAAGAGCUGGUGCGGCACCCCGGCUUCUUCCGCUCCCUCUUCGCCCUGGGCCAGGGCCCGCGCAGCUUGCAGCACCUGGCCCGCUGCGCCCUCCGCAGUUGCCUGGAAGGCCGCCUCCUCCAGGCCCUGCCCCACCUCCGGCUGCCCCCCGCCUUGGAACAGUUCGUGCUGCUUCGCUUCGAGGACCUGCUUUACUAGCCCCCCCCCGCCUCCCCGGGGCAGGGGCUAUCUGGAAUCCCAGCCGAGCGAAGCGCCCUUCAGCCGGGCCCGACAGAGACGGCGGGAGAGCCCAGGACGCUUCCAGCACUGGCUCGGAGCGCCGGGACGGCCGGACCACCCCCCUCCCACCGGACAGCGCGGGGAGGGAGGAUCGGAACCGACCCGCCCUUGCCGGCGGGAAGCUCCCGGAGGCGAGCGAGGCUGGAGAAAGAUCCAGAGAUCUGCCAGAGGAAAAAAAAGGCCGGGGUUGCGCCCGCUUCCCGGGAGCGGAGAGACUGGGGGAGCCCCCCCCCCCACGGCGGCUUUAGGGCUCCGGGGCUCCCGAACUUAUCGCCCUGGCCCGCCCCGGCUGCAUUCCUGGCUGGAGAGCACUUGGGGGGGGGCACUGGACCCGAGAGUGACUUGAGCCUCCCCACCUCCCCGUCUGAGCCCCCAAACCGACGUGGGAAUCCCUGGAAAGGUGGAAAGCAAACGGGCAGAGACUCCGUCCCGCAGGCCCGGAGAAACAACACUCCCCCCCCCCGCCGUCGCCUUUCUCUCGCCCGGAAAGAGAUCCGGGCUGUUUUGUAGAUUGCCCGGGUGCGUAAUAAAGACGCUACUGCUGCUGCUCCUCCGCUGUGCGUGGCUGUGCCUGGGGGGCCUCUCCUCCUCCUCCGCGAUCUUGGGAAAGGCAGCGGAGGACGGACCGUCGCCGGAAGAGUCAGCUUGCCUGAAACGGGAGAGGUUCCCCUGCUGGAGCCAGGGGUUGGACUGGAUGACCUCCGAGGUGCCUUCCAGCUCUUCUUCUACGAUUCUGCGGCGGCAAGGGCGCUUACAGCUCGGACGAGGAGGCGGCGGCGGCGGCGGCGGACGAGCGGCCGGGCGAGGCGGGCUGCGGCAGCGAGCGGGAGGAGGCGAGCUCGGCCGAGGCGGACAGCGACGACGAGCCUUUCCCGGAGGCUCCCGGCGGCGCGGCGGGGACGGGGGCCACGGGCAAGGCCAAGCGGGGCG